AUGGCUUCUCAGAAGCAGAGUUUGCCUUCCUUUGCCUCGCUUCUUUCUGUCUUGUCGAUUGUGUUUUACUGCGCCGGUUUUCUGAGAGUAGAAUUGGAGCUGAACGAGCAGAAGAAGAGAAUAAUCGAUCUUGAAAACAACUGGGAGAAUAAGGCCCCCGAUGUUCCAAACCGUGACAAGUUAACUACGAAUACUCAUGGUAAGUCUUUUCUUGCGAGUGCAGAAAAUCUUGUAUAUACAGUAGAUAUCUUGUCCGGCUUUGCGUGUUCUUGGCGCAGAGGUAAAGAAACCGAAGGUGAACAGGUCACCAUUUGUUUCCUUUGUAGGGAAUAAGUAUUAAAAAAAACAAAAACAAACAAAAACAAUCGAUCACCUAAUGAUCUUUGUUACUGAAUAGUAGGUGAACUAUUGUUUUCAAAUUACAGUUCAAACUAAAGAUGACGAACAUUUUUUAAGAAAGCUGCAUCGAUCAAGCAGAUGGGACUAAAUUUUUUUGGACGAGUAAUUAUCAUUUCCGGCUUCUCACUAAAUCUCAGCUCAGUCAACAAGUUUUCUUAUAAAAUUCCCUUAAUUGCUGGUUUUCAGUGUCACGCAAUUCAAAAUAGAUCAAAAUAGAAAUCAAAACCGUUCAAUAGAUAAAGUCCAGAAUCUGGCAAAUGAAAGGAGGUAACUAUGCAAAGACCCUCGCCAAGAUUCAGGUCAGAGGAAUAUUUCGUAUACGAGAUAUCCGAAGAAAUGUUUUCACAAAAUUAAUAGAGAUUUGUAAGAAGACGUUAUGCUGGUGCCCUUCCGGAUGAGCACCAACAUGGCGGACGGAAACCAACAGAAACAUCUGUUACCGAGUUUUGCUACAAAAGCUUGAAUUUAUUCUUCGAGGAACUCAUAAACAUUAAAGUAAUACUGUUUCUAAUACAUGAACUGUUUAGAGAGCAAAAUCCCCUGAAAUAAGUAAUUUCUUUAACCUACAUGACAGCUCUCUUGGCCGUCAUGUAAAUGCCGCGUCACGCAUAAGCGUACUCUAUCACGAAACCAAGAACCUUUUUGAAGUGAAAAUUUGUAUGAAAAUUAGUGUUCAGCUGCUCUACUACAUUAUGAAAGUAAAAUAUCAGUUCUAUCGAUAGCUUUGAAGUUUGAAUUUUAGUGACGUCACGUGAAACCAACAGUACUUAUACGGGGGUUGGGGGGGGGGGGGGGGUUUUUUAAAUUUGGUAGCACUUUUUGUCUUAUUUUGUUUGAGAAAUUAGUGAAUUAAUACUUCUGGGUCUCUACUGUGGUUUUGUUGUUGUAUUUGCGGGGGGGCAGUGGAGACCGAUAGUGUUUGCAGGGGGGUUGGGGGGGGGGGGGCGUUCUUCUGGGAAUUCUUGCGGCGGUGUGCCGCCCGGUUUUCCAAAUCCUGACCCUACUUUAGACCCAAAAAUGUGAUUUUACAUACCCGUUUUCAGACCUGGCCUUUAGGCAGAAAUUAUGUUAUCAUUACGUAGAGCACAUCAAACUAAAACAUUUUUCAAUCCAUUUCGAAUUUGCACAUCUUUCUUUCUUUUCUAUUUAUUUGGAAUUGAAACGAUAAAUAAGUUCCUACACUCACAUAGUUCCAUCGAAAGCCAUACCCGAUUCCAGACCAAAAUGGGCAAAGUGUGUACUCUUUUUCAAGCCAAAACGGCGCAAAAACCCUACCCGAUGGGGCGGCACAUACCUAUAUAGCUUAUAUAAGAGAGUGCUUAUAUUUCUUAUUUAUAUAGGAUACAGUCGUCAAACUUGAGUAGAGCACACUGGCUUUAUUCUCUUCGAGAAGUAAAGCCCUCAUUCCUUUUUGGCGGACAAACAUUGUUUUAUUGAGAUAGUGAAACUUAAAAGCUUUUUAUUUUUCCUAGAUUGACCUGUCAAUCACGAGGAUAGUCUGCAUGUGUUUUAGUUUCUGAAGAGCAAUUUUUGUAUUUCCUAGCUAUGUGUAGUCAAUUUCGCACGCGGCGUUAUCAGUGAGGCGGAGCCAGUGAGGCUUUCCUGUCUUUCCUAAUCUCCUUUUACCCAAUUUAUUUUUAGCGCUCUAUUACCCCGCCUAAAGGCCUGCCAUCUCUCUUCUUGCAAAUACCUCGUUUGAAUAUCACACCAAAAGGAGAUCGGCUAAAUCGCCGGCGAAUGUUGCAGUCAUUUUUACUGUAUAAAGUUCACGGACUCUCGUUAAAUAAAUUUUUUAACUUUAUCAACAACUCCACAAACAAUACAUUACAUUACAUCAAGAGAGGAUAAAGGGGACAGAGAAGGCAUCCCCCAUACACACCCUAUUCCAUAGGUAAUUCGUCUCGAGUUAUUUUUAGAAUCGGGAUAAAGUUACCUCGCGCGCUGCGUGGAUGUUUCGUGGAGGUUUCGCAUGACUAACGCCAUGCAAAACAUGCCGGGCGAAAGGCAAUGAAAUAAGCGAAAUGAGUCGGCGCUCACCUGGGAAAAGGGAAUCGCUCGACUCUUUGACAACCCGUGAAAUCAGUUUAACUCGAAGUUAUCGUAACCUCAGUGCCUUAAUAAAAUGAGAAAUUUCGCCGGUCUAUUGAAACCGGUCGUUUGUACAAUAAAGCAAGUAGCAUGUAAUAUUCAUGUACAUGUAAUUAGUUUUACAAAUUUGAAUUUUAUUGUAGUUUUUUAAGUUGUUAAGCGCUGUUGAUCAGUUAAUGUAACUAGCGCUCUAGAAGUUAUUAAAUUAUUAUUAUUAUUAUUAUCAUUAUAGGGCGCCAAGUGUUAUUUUUGUUGAAUAAUAAAAGACUAAUAAAAAAAUAAAUAUCAAACCAGAAAUUGCUCUCUUCAAACNUUAGCUGUCGCUGCAAAUCUCUCAAAUCUUUGUAGAUAAGCAUCCAAGUCGUCCUUGCCAUCAACAAAUGAGGGAAGCUUGGGUGCCUUUGCCCUAUCCUCUCUCACUUCAGGACGUCCACCAGCACUUGCUGCAGCCAAACGUGCAAUUUCCAACUCGUGUUCCCUCUUUGCCGCUUCAAUAGCCUCUUUCUGUUUCAACAGCUCGGCUUCCAUCUCUAAUUUUCUCAGUUCGCGUUCUUGCCGCCUAGUUUCUCUUUCUUCGUCUUCUUUUCAUCUAUCUUCCUCAAGCAUUCGACGUUUCUCCUCUUUUUGUUCUUCCAACAGUCUACGCUUUUCUUCUUUUUCCUCUUCCAAUUGUCUACGUUUUUCUUCUUUUUCUUCCUCCUCCCUCCUUCUUUCUUCUUCUAACUUUUGUUGCUACCGCACAAACUCGAGCAGUUUUUCUCCCUCCAAUCCGAAUUCUUUGCCUAUCUGCAAAAGCUUUUCCAUUUCCAUAGCGAUAGUUCACAGCAAACACACUCGAUAUACUUCCUCGUAGCAGUUCUUCUUACUUCCACUGUAACUCCUUCUUCUUGAACUGUCCUUUCCUGGUUACUGUAGUCGGCAAACAAUUGAAUUCCUCUCCCGGACAGGCCCCCAAUGUUACGCGGGUAAUCUUUUAGAGGACAGGUAGCUUGCAAAGUAAACUGAACGCAGGCCUCCGCCAACUUGAAUAAACACUGCUGUCGUCACACUUGACUAAACACGACCAACGUCGAACUCUCCUCGCUUGUGAAAACUAGUUAAAACUUAACUCGGGCUCGCCUACUUAUAUAGGUUUACAAUGAGAUUCUAGAACUUUCCAAAUAGUCUAAUUAUAGAAAGAUUACAAAAUGUACCGCUUUAGGAACGCAUACGCAAGAUCCUAAAAUAAACAAACUACGAACUCUCGCGAAGCUUCUAGAAAGUCACGCUAGUCACGCAAUACAAUUUUUCGUAACAACGACCGUGAACCUUUCAUUCAUACUUCGUGCAAUUUCUCACCUCUACUGGUGUUCAAAUUCGGAAGUAUUGGUCGAUGUUUGGCUUUCCCUGGAAAAAUCCAUCGGUGAAUUCUCAAUGGUAUAUAAAAAAUGAGUGCUCUGAUGUGGCUUAGGGCCUAUAAUCACGAUUUCGGCUUGUAUAACUAGUUCAACUUUACAAGGUUUAUUUAGAGUAUUCACGAUACGCUUUUGUUUCACGCGCAUCUUGUGACAUGCAAAUCAGCUAAGAAAUGGUAUCUAAUGCACAUGUGCAUCAGCUGACUAUGUCCCUUUAAUCAUGCGCUUUUGGGCAAACCAUUAUAUAAUUAUAGCAACGAAUUUCAGUAUUCAAGCUUUAGAAUGUUUAGAUCAUGGUUGCAAUUUUAGUCCACUUGGUUAAGUUGAAGCUGUCCAGAUCAAGGUAGUGGUGUAUUUAGAGAAAUUGCACUGUAGAUUCCCUGAACGUCAGCUUUUCAGUAUCCAGUUUUUUAAUACAUAACAUGGAAUUCUUUUAGAUGCUGCAAUAACUUCUACUUUUGUCCGAAGUUGUAAUCUACUUUUCUAUUAGAAAUUGACUUGGGAAAUACAGAGAUCUGAAAAAUGAAAUGAGCCAAAUAAGUAAGGAUGCGCAAUCGAGACCUUGAUCAGGAUGCCUCGACCUCAAAAUAUCUUUGCUUCCGAAUGCUUUGUAAUCACAUGUUUUGAUUUACCAGUUGUUCAUUGCAAGAUCGAUUUUUUGUGGAAUUUGAAACUUUUGCACACACCCCACAAAGCUAUGAAGGAAGGCGUUGUCUGCAAUAUGGAAUCAUGGCAAAGGUUCAGUGAGCACGGAAAUUGCAAGCUCACUUUGAAUUAAAGUUUAUUUCCAAAAAGUAUUUUGAGCGGGUUAUUAACAUCUGAGGGAUGAAAAUUAGGUUACUUUAUUUAAUUCACUCGGUUUUGGGUUGCAAAUAGAUGGAUUGGUCAAGGUACACCAUUACAAACAUGUUAAGAUAUGAAAUAAUGCUAAGGUAUUAAAGGUCUAGCAAAAAUGAGGAACAGAAGAAAAGGCAACCAAACUACAAAAUAGUACCUAAAGCAAAUAAAGUAGGCGGAAGAUUGCGGCGAAGGCGGGUCGAUUGGUUGUUGUCGGCUAUCAAAAGUUAAGCUUGAAGACCGAGAGGAUUAACACAAGGUUUACCCUCUUAUAAGGGGUCUCUGCGAGAUUGCGAGAUCGAGGUUAAGUAAUUUUACUGCGAUAGGGCUUAUUGCAGGAACUCGUAAUCAUUGCUAAGGAGUAAAUUUACUUUCCGUCUUGUGAUUCUCAUUCGAUCGUAAACCAUUGUAAGAUAAUUCAGUGUUCACAUACGAGAGCCUCGAAGCCUUUCAAGCCGCAAACUACCCCCACCGCCAAAAUUCCAGACAUUAAAGAAAGGAUAAGGGAAGACAUAAAAAUGGUUAUUUGGUCCCAGAUUGACUCAUUUAUUACUAGUUAUAAUUAGCAAUUAAUGAAUGAUAAGGCUGAGUAGGAUAUGAAGAAUUAAGCAGAUUGAGCAGGGUGUUAUCCACCAAGGCCUAAGGCCGAGGUGGAUAACACCCUCCGAGAUUUGCUUAAUUUUUCAUAUCCAAACAAAGCCGAAGUCAUUAACUGUUUUAUUAUUCAUUCAAAAUAAUUCCUAGUUUAAAAACAUAUAGCUAAAACAUGGUUACCUGCAUCGAUGUUAAAGUUCAUCUUCGAUUGUGUACGUUUAGGUUUGUCCAGCUCCGCAAAUAUUCUCCAAAUAGCAGAUGUCGCCCUCCGAGUUGUCUUUUUGCUGUUUUUGCCAUGUUUUUAGCUAUUAUUUCGCCUAGUUCCAGCUGUAGCUCUUACUCUUGAAACGCGUGAAAUGUCCGCCAUUUUUUUUUUCAUAACCAAAACAUCUCAACCUCAUUUCCUCGUUAAACACAAAAUUGUUCCAAAUUUGGUCAUCAGUAACUGGUUAUGGUGAAUUAUGCGUGUGCUUUUAGACAAUUAGAAUUGGGGAAAUAUUUUGAGUGAAUAAUAUAAUACUUGAUUAGCUUUCACGGUGCGCGUAUGAAGCCCGUGUUCACACGUUUGUAGGGGAGAGAAGAAAGGAGGAACUAAGACGCCCAAGCGCUGGCGAGCCAAUCCCGUUUAAGCGCUUUUAGCGCAUUACAGAUAAAAGCUUUUCUAAUAUAAUCGAAGAGUAUGAUCAAAAUAAAGUUCAAAUUGAAGAAAUCUGAAUCUGCUCAUUCUCACCGUUUCUAACUCGAGCAAACCAAAAGAACUAAUUCAAAAUGAUGACAAAUGAACUGUUAACUCUGAAAAUAUCAUUAAAUGGCCGGAAACUUUAGUCAAAAGAGUGUGACGGGAUCAGAGAGUAUUCAAAGGUGAGGCGUAUAGGAAUAGUUUAGACCUUCGAUCUGCUCAGUCUUCUUUUUCUGGUACAACGAUCUCGCUCGUUUAAUUUGUAUCUCUUUAUUUUUGGCUUAAAAAUAGUGACACCAAUAUUGCGCGCUUUAGAUAUCGAAGAGAUGUUAUCACCACACACCAGGGCUGAGUUGCUCAAAGCAUGGUUAGCUUUAACCAUUGGUUAAGCAGUAUCAAAACCAAUACGUUGUCAAGGUAUUAAACGCUGGUUAACGCUAACCAUGCUUCGAGAAACUGGGCCCAGCAGUCUUUCUAGUGGUGGCUAAUGACGAUGCCGCGCAUUCGAUACUAGAAGUUCCGUUUUGCUAUACUUUUUAGCUUCUGUUUAUUGCAGGCCAUCCAUGCGCCAACAUCACUUAUGCAAACUUCUAUGGGUUAUCUCGCCACGUUCAUAUCAUCAGAACAAGUUGUUUUAAAAGUGACAUAGAGCUGGGCGUCAUCCUCAUAAAGAUGGUAAGUCAAGUCAUGUAGACUAAUGACAUCUCCAAGAGGUGAAGUAUACAUUGAGGAUAAUAUAGACUCCAGGACACUCCCUUGUGGCACACCGGUCAUGAGAGGUCGCUCUGUAGAUCGACCACCCAGAACAGUGACUUUGUAAGUCCUGUUGGAAAGAUAAGACCUGAACCAGUCAAGAGCAAUGCCAUUGAUUCCAAAUCUUGGUUUCAAACGCGACUGCAGGAUAUUAUGAUCCACUAUAUCAGAAGCCGCCGAUAGGUCUAGUAUAACAAGAGUAUCACAGAGUUCUGAUUAUCCUAGGGCCUAAGGCUGUCAUCAUGAACUUUAACAAGUGCAGACUCCGUACUAUGAUAGGGUUUAUAAGCAAAUUGGUAUAACUCCUGUAAGUUAUUGUCUGAUAUAUAAAAGGCUGGUCUGAAAAGCCACAACUUUCUUAAUUGCCUUAGCAGCAAAUUUAAGGUUGGAAAUAGGGGCGAAAACUGCUAAAAUCGUUGGUCUUUAAAGAUGGUUUCUUAAGACCAGGUAAGAUAACCAUCAGACUUCAGGCAAUUAGGUGCUUUACCACACCUCAAUAAAGCGUUCACUAUUUUUGAAAAACCCCUGCAGACUUCAACUCAGAAUGUAGCACGUUUUAGAUCUCGUCUCUUCCUUAUUAUGGUAUAAAUUCUCCUUUAAUUUGCUGUUUGCAUAGUUUUCAGUAAAUCAGCAUGAUGACUGAAGUUUUAGCGUGCCUAAAAAACCCUGUCACAGCAAAUACCACAACAGCGCAAAGCUUUAAAAAGACACUUGCCUUGUCACAGGCGGCCCAAACUCACUUUACGAGGGAAGGGUGUAAUGUAAUUUACAUAACAUAGGUGACGCGGCGGUGUCGCGUUACAGGCGACCGUUGAAAAUAUAAGAGACUUUGUAUGAGAAAUAUAUUACUGAGAUCUGCGAACGCUAAAUAACGCUAAACCUUACUUUUUCUUUAAAUAAAAUGAAUACAAAAGACUCACUUACCUGCAAUGUAUUCCACUGCAAAUUGGUGUCUGUUUGUCGUUUUACUGAUUUUUUUGGCUUUAUUGCGUAACCGUUGUUACUCCUUUCGUUCUAUGAAAGGAGUAACAGUGGUUACUGGAUCUGAACGAACAGAAAAAGAGAAUAAACGCUCUUGAAUGCACUGAGGAGACUAAGCCGUCAGACUUUCUCAACUCUCUCUACCUAUUGACGUUAAUAUCCGUCAUCUUUUUUUAGGAUUGAUGGGACAAGAGAAAUGUCACGUAGCUUUUCAGGGAGACUACAAGUGAUAAAUUUUGCAAAUACGAGUAAUCAAGGUCGACUUAUUUUAUUCUUAUUCAAAACGAAACGAAGAUUUUUAAAUCAUAAAUAGUCAUUUAAAAUUUACAGUUCGAUUUUCGACAAGAUUUACGACAUUUUUGUUUGCAGUGAGGACAUCUACGGACGCUACUGCAACAAAAUUAUCACUUCCACCAGAAAUUGUCAUUUUUGUCUUUAAGGUAAUUCCCUUGUUUUGCACUGCUCACCCUCUACUGUGCAUAAUAUUGUGACAUCCAAGAUGGCGACGGUUUUCAGUUCCCGCUAGCACGAAAAGAACAAACAAGGGCCGCUUUUGCACAGCUAAAGCUUUUAUUGGCAAUAAUAAUGCCGCAGAUCGGCUGACAGCUUCCUGAUUUGCUAUCGAAAAACAAGAAACUGAAAGAAAUGUGCGUGAUCCCGAAGUCUCGAGAAGUCUGCAGUGGUUUUUCACUUCGCGGCCGUCGAGUUGUGGAAUUAUUUAAAUGUCCUGGCUGAGGCUUUGGAUGGGGGCUGUGAAGUCUGUGGGACAGCUCUACGGCUCUCCAACUACGUUAACGAGCCAACAUCUGGCCCGGGAUCGCUACUGUACAUAUGUCGUUCAAACUCCGGGUGUGAAGAGACGAAUAUUUCUGGAGUAAAUAAGACCCACCAGAACGACGCGAGGGAGACCAAUCUUCGAUGUAAGCACGAAGUUUGCUGCUGAAUUCACAUUUCGCUCUGUAUAGAAACCAAACAAGCGAACAAAUGAAGAAUAGGAAUCAAUAGUCGUUUCUUCAAGUUUCUUUCUCAAGCAUUAUUGCGCCGAAGCAAAAAAAUCGAACCCUAGCUCAUUGGAAUUCAACAGAACGCUGGAGCUACAAAUCGUCAAAAAUAAAGAUCCAUAAGUCCAAAAUCCCAUCAAAUCUUGACUUACCUCAUUCCUUGGUAUUUAUUCUACUCUUUUCAAGUAUGAAUUUCUGUGUUUGCGAUAUCAAACACAUAAAAACAACCGCAAACAAGCUUGAUCUCGAACGCAUAGUUCGAACACGAUGGGCGCUAUUUUGUAUCUCGCCCCAGUCCCCGCCGCGCAAAUUAUCUAUCCUGAUUGCGAUCUCAAAACCAUGUUCACCUUUUAUAGCAGUUUGUGAGGAAACAAGCACGGUGACACCCGUUUUUUUUCCAGGAAUUUGCUAAGACCAACAGUCUAAUAAAGAACACAUUUGAAGAAAAAAAAAUUGAUAGUAGAACAUUUUUUUGUUGGAAAAUAGUUCCGUACUUGGUUUAUUUGGGUCCAGGCGAGGACUUCAAGCUAACCAUGGGACUGUCCAAAAAAGUGUAAUAUCCCCACAACCAGGCAAUCAGAAAAUGAUUAAAUGAAGCAAUACUGCUUAUUUGAAUAAAAGAAGCUUAAUGUUCGAGAUAAAAUUUCGUGUGUUAACAAAGACUUAAUUCUGUAUGAAGGUGAUUCGAAUUUUAACGCGCAACUAGUAAAAAUACCCCAGUUUAAGAGCCUGAUGACGCGUAAAUUGGCACGGUGACCCCAUCUUUUUAUUGCAUUUUUUUAACACGGUGCAUAUCAUGAAUGUUGACUAUGCCAAGUUUCAAAAAAAGUUUGAUAGUAGAACAAUUUCAAGAGAAUUACCUUAAGGAAAAGCUAUCCAUUUUCUCUUUUCUGUUGUUUUUAGAAUACCUAAACCUACUCGAACGCGAUUUCUUGCAUUGACUUAUAUACAGUGUUGUUUUUCAUAUGUAAGGAAAUGAUUUCAAUUGAAGAACAUCAAGUCUGACAGUUUAAUUUGAUUUCUUGGUUUGCUCUUAUGAGUUUGUAAAAACUUCAAAGACUGCGUUAAUAUUCGGAACAGUUUAAGAUAGCAAGCGUCUGUUCCUAAUUAAGGUGUCGCCACGACAGAUUGCGAGUUUUUUCGUAUUCUUUAUUUUUCAUGUUUUGCGUUGCGUGAAGUUAGUUUAAUUAGUACCUUUUUAUCGCGCUUGGAGUAGUUGAUUUCUGGUAGCCUUUUUUCAUAUGCGUAAUCUUUCUGUAAUACUAGUCUCGGCGUCGCGUUACGCAACCGUUGUUGUCAAUUUUUGUCAAUUUUUGCCGCCCGGUUUUCCAAAUCCUGUCAAAAUCCUGACCCAAUUUUAGACUUAAAAAUGUAAUUUUACACACCCGUCUUCAGACCUGGCCUUUAUGCAGAAAUUAUGUUAUCAUUACGUAGAACGCAAACCAAAACACUUUUCAAAUCCAUUUCGAAUUUGCACUUUUUCCUUUCUUUUCUAUUUAUCCGGAAUUGAAACGAUAAAUACGUGCAUACACUCGCAUAGUUCCAUCGAAAACCAUACCCGAUCCCAGAGCAAAAUGGGCAAAGUGUAUAUUCUUUUUAAGCCAAAACGGCGCAAAAACCCUACCCGAUGGGGCGGCACAUACCUAUAUAGCUUAUAUGAGGGAGUACGUCCCGCCUCCCCGUGCUUAUAUUUCUUAUUUAUGGAGUCUGCACGUCAUCAAAAAACGUCGUGAUUAGGUGCAGAUAGGAUACAGUCGUUAAAUUUGAGUAGACUACACUGGCUUUAUUCUCUUCGAGAACUAAUUAAAGCCUUCAUUCCUUUUUGGCGAACAAACAUUGUUUUAUUGAGUUAGUGAAACUUAAGAGCUUUUCAUUUUUCCUAGAUUGACCUGUCAAUCACGAGGAUAGUCUGCAUGUGUUUUAGUUCCUGAAGAGCAAUUUUUGUAUUUCCUAUGUGUAGUCAAUUUCGCACGCGGCGUUAUCAGUGAGGCGGAGCCAGUGAGGCUUUCCUGUCUUUCCUAAUCUCCUUUUACCCAAUUUAUUUUUAGUGCUCUAUUACCCCGACUAAAGGUCUGUCAUCUCUCUUCUUGCAAACACCUCGUUUGAAUAUCACACCAAAAGGAGAUCGGCUAAAUCGCCGGCGAAAAUGCGGUCAUUUUUACUGUAUAAAGUUCUCGAACUCUCGUUAAAUAAAUUUUUUAACUUUAUCAACAACUCCACAAACAAUACAUUACAUAUAACAUAUACAUAAUACUUUAAUUUACUAUACAGUGCGCUAACUAGGCCCAUAACUCUCCUUAUAUUGAUUAUAUGCCAACAUUUAAUGCAACCUUUGAAACUAAAAUAAUAAAAUACCUUAAAUACCUGUAUAAUCAGCUUUUUUUUUAUUUUGACGCCUUUUCUGUAAGCUGCGUAUUAAUCAAAAUCCGUUGUCUUCUACUUCUUAAGGCCGAUUUUUCGUAGCUGCCUUAUAUGUAAGUUCGUUCAGUUUUUCUAAUAUGUCUCGGUUUGUACUGGUAGAGCAGGUAAUGUUUAUGAAAACGCAACUUAGCCUUUUGCUGAAUGAUGACGUUUCUUAAGGAAAUUAAAUUUCGUUUCCCACCCUACCCUGCUAACGAUUUUGUCUGGCUUUUUAUCUCUUCUUUUUCCCUGGUAAUGAUCAUAUUUCCAUCAGUAUACCAAGAUUAACCAAAACAAAACUGAAUGCAAGGCUGGAAAUACGGGAAAGGGCUGAUUUAUUUGAGGCUAAAAUUUGUUUUAAUUGGCCUCAAAUAAAAUCAGCCCCGUAUUGCCAAGUGACGUCUGGCAUUAGCAUCUCUACAUUUCUGAUCCAGCAACAAACAAAAAGUCGGUUUUAUUUACGCGUUAAGUGGACCUCUGCAUUAAGGGUUUUUACUAAGAUUAACUAGGUACAGGGUUCUCUGUUUUGAUCUUAAGCACUGACAUAUUUUGUAGAAUCUGAAUAUGCCAAACUCCAUAGGAAUAGGCGAGCAGCCGAUGUACUGAAAAACACCACGGAAGCUUAAAUCACAGUAGACAGGGAAACAAUUCUGAAGAUUAACAAACUGUUGUCCGAGCUGAAACCUCAACUCUGUCAAUCAAAUGGUCAUAGCUGUCUCCCAGGUCCUCCCGGUCCACCUGGUCCGAAGGGAGACAAAGGAUCCCAGGGACGAAGGAGAAACAAAGGAGACCAAGGUAUUAUAGGAUCUCCAGGAAUGAACGGCAGGCAAGGUAUCACUGGACCUGUAGGCCCGAAGGGUGAUGCUGGACUCAAGGGACAAAAAGGAGACAUGGGACCUGCAGGCAUGCCGGGAGCUAAAGGAGAACCUGGUGAAUCGAUUUCAGCCCCUGCUGUUGCCGUGUCCCCUAAAACGCUGACAGUUAACGAAGGUGGUUCAGCCUCGUUUCAGUGUUCAGUGAGUGGUAAUCCUAAACCUGCGAUAAAAUGGAUUAAAACGAACAGACGGUCUAGUGGGUCAGUGGUUUCAGGAGGAAAGCUGCUUCUUAAGAAUGUCCGAGGAAGUUAUUCGGGUACAUAUAACUGUUCAGCGGUCAACAUUUUAGGAGAGGCGCAGGCACUAGUACAGCUGAUAGUAAAUGGUAAGAUCGCUAUGAACUUUAGAUAGAAAAUUGAAUAGUAUUAUACCAAUUUCGAAGAUCCUGCUGUCCUUACAUUGUGCUUUGGAUAACUUAUUUCAAAACAAAGUAGAAAAACAACUUAUAAAACUGACUACCAUAUAUUGUUGUCGUCGCUUUUUAUUCAGAGCUAUUUAUGCCUUUCUCAGGUUAGCUGUCAGCGCUAUUGUACAAUGUAGCCUUAAAAUCCUAAUUCCUCUAGUUAAUAAAAUCAAGGCAAGCCACUUAUCGAAGGGAAUUGGUCAAAAAUACUAACUAAUAAGUUUCCCUAUAUAUGUCCCUAACAGAAGGCAACAGUUUUAGAAAAAAGUCUCGGUGACCUGGCUUAGAUCAUUUAAGCCUAUUUCUUUCCUAUUUUCUUCUUAUUAAUCAUACCAUAAAAAUAUUCUUGUUGUAGUUUACCCUCGAGUUUCCCUUCAUCCGGGGCCUCAUCACGCUAUUGAAGGAAGCAACUACACUUUCCCAUCCUGUAACGUGACUGGGUAUCCUGCACCCGCGGUCACUUGGAGAAAGACAUCUGGUCCAUUACCCCAGGGAAGGGUGAAGUACAACAACAGUGCAUUACAAAUACUACAUAUUAGUAAAGAUGACUCUGACUUCUACUUCUGUUCGGCAUCAAACCUGUUGGGACGCGUUGAAAAGAAAACUUUCUUAGUUGUUGUCUCUCCUCCUCGAUUCAUUGUUAAACCAUCUGCUAAAGUUUUCCCAGGAGUGGGCAGCACUUUGACCCUAGACUGCAAGGCUACUGGUGAUCCUCAACCUGUCAUCAGCUGGAAGAAACAAGAUGGCCAACUACCUGCUGGACGAAGUCGCCAGCUGAUAAAUGGAACUUUAGUAAUAAGAGACAUAACAAUGAAAGAUAGAGGAAUUUACAAAUGUAUUGCACCAUAUGCAAAAGUGUUCAAGACAGAAGCCGUGACUUACAUCGAAUUUGAAAAAGGUAAUUCUUUUUUAUAG